AGUAAGGUUGGAUUUUUACGAAAGUAGUGAAGAAAUGAAAGUGACAAUAGUAUGUUUAGAAAAAGAUCACACCAUAAGUCUUGAUGUUCAAAGUGAUUUCAGUUUGGAAAAUUUCAGGGCACUUUGCUCUGAUGAGCUUAAAAUUGCAUCAGACACUAUACUUCUUGUUCACAAUGGAAUACCUCUUAUAGACUUAACAAAGACUCUUUCUUCUUACGGUGUGCAAGACUCUGACAUGAUUUUAGUACAAAACAUUCCAUCAAGUGCACAAAGACAACUGAACCAACCAACGCGACCUCCAGGCAUGCCUAACAUUGAUUUUAGUGCAAUAAGGUUCCCUGGACAACCUUCAACUAGUAGGCAGACUGUACCACCACCCAGGCAAACUGCGCCAGACAUAUUAUCAAAUCCAGAAGCUUUACGACAAAGAUUUUUGAACAGCAGCCAUGAUAUGGCCUUAUUAAGAGAGAGAAAUCCUGAAUUUGCGGAAGCAAUUUCGAAAGGAGGGGAUGCGUACUUGAAACAGCUCGAGAAAAUGAGGGAAACACAUGCUCAAAAUGAAAGAGAUAAAAUAAGAAUGCUGAAUGCAGAUAUUCUUGAUCCAGAGAUUCAAAAUAAGAUUGCAGAAGAAAUUCGCCAACAAAACAUACAAGAAAACAUGAACAUGGCAAUAGAAGAAGCACCUGAAAGUUUUGGUCAAGUUGUAAUGCUUUGGAUCAACGUUAAAGUAAAUGGUCACAGUGUUAAAGCAUUCGUUGAUUCUGGUGCUCAAAUGACAAUCAUGAGUGCAAAAUGUGCGGAAAACUGUCACAUCAUGCGUCUGGUAGACAGAAGAUGGGAAGGUAUCGCUAAAGGAGUUGGAACGCAAAAAAUUAUAGGUCGAAUUCAUCUUGCACAAAUGCAGAUUGAAAAUGAUUUUCUUCAGUGUUCGUUUUCUGUUCUUGAAGAUCAACCCAUGGAUGUUUUACUUGGACUAGAUAUGUUAAGAAGGCACCAAUGUUGCAUCGAUUUGAAGGACAAUAAACUUCGUAUUGGGACCACUGGUACAGAAACUUCAUUCCUACAUGAGAGUGAAUUACCUACACAUGGCCGACUACAUGAUCCUAAUGCAGCUGAGACAUCAAAUCUGACUGAGGAUGAGAGGAUAGCAAAAGCAGUACAGGAAUCAACAGACGAAGCCAUUCGCCAUAAUAAAACUAGAGAAGACAUUCCCUCAAUAAAUUUUCCUGGUGCUGGAAGAACGUUAGGGGCAACCUCCUCCCAACAAGGCGAUUCCGUAAACAUGGUGUCUGAGUCGGACUUGAAAAAAGUAAUGGAUGUUGGAGUAACCAGGGAGAUUGCAGAGAAAAUGCUACGAGAGUGUGACGGAGAUGCUCAACGUGCAAUAAUUAAACUUCUAGCUAGAUCAUUGAAGCCUAAAUAACACGAAGACAAUAGUGCACAUAGAUUUAUUUUAAAUACAUUCCUAUUACCUUCCCCUCCCCCACUUUUGGAAGAGAAGUUUGGGUAUAUGAAGUAUUGUCUUAUGUUGUAUGUAGAGUUAAAGACACUCUGGUAAUUUCUAGUUUGUUACAGUAUUUCCACCAAUUUGUCACCCGUUUCGUAGAGAAAUAUUUUUCAGAGGCAACUGGAAUUUAUAAACCACAAUUUCCUGUCUCGGUAUCAAUAAAAAAGUACAUGUUGAA